AUGGGAGGCACGAAGGAAGGAAAAGAAGGAAUGUUUCUAGUGAAAGUGGGUGUAUUAGGCGUAGAGAAAAAUAAGAUCAAAGGGGAAAAGUGUAGGAUAGUCAAAGGAGAAAUGAAGGAAGGGAAUGAGAUAACUGAAGAAGAUGUGGAUGAGGCAAUAAAUAGGGUAAAAGGAAACAAGGCGAUAGGAGAAGAUGGGAUGGAGAACGAAGCGAUGAAAUAUGGCGGAGAAGGAAUUAGUGAUGGGAUGUGGAAAAUCUGCAACAAGUUCUGGAAAGGGCAAGGCUGGCCGGAAGAGUGGAUGACGGGACUGAUGGUACCGCUUGUUAAGAAAGGGGAAGGAAAGAAGGUAAAAGAAUGCAGAGGGAUUACUCUCAUGAAAGAAAAAAGAGCAGGUUUUCUCACAGGCAGAGGUCUAAGGCAAGGUUGCCCUUUAAAUCCGUUACUAUUUAAUAUCCUGCUGGCAGAUUUAGAGGAAAAUCUAAAGGAGAAAGAAAAAGGAGGAACAGUUUUGGGUAAUAGCGAACUAUUUUCACUAGCAUACGCGGACGAUGUAGUUCCUUUGCAGAUGAUGAGAAGGGAAUGA